UGCACGUCGAGUGCAGCUAGUGCUGCGAGUGGGUUUUUAUUUUUAUUUGGCUUCUAGCCAUUGUAUGGAGCGUGAAAAAUUAAAAGUAUCUGCAACAGAGAAAAGCGAAACGCUUUUAAGCGUUUCCGAGGAGCGGAGUGAAAAUGAUUUUAGCCGCUUUGAAGAGGCGGGGGUCAACCUCGGUUGCCCCGAGCCCACCCUCUGCAGCGACAAGGGAGAAGCUGACCCUGAAUUAUGCCAGGUCGCCAGCUGCCCCGAUGAGUGGCCCAGUUGACUCGAUGAGGUCCACUUGGGUGAGGGCGAGUGCCACCUGACACCGACCCUCCCGCCCCCACGAUGGGCGCGGCCGCUGGACCCAAUAAUUCUAACUCUUCAGCAACAUGAAAGCCUAGUCCAUCAGGCAGAGGCGAUUCUCAGGUUCAUACUAGUAUACGAUAACUACGACUCCGUUAGCAACUUCUUCGCAUUUUACGACGCAUACACGAAAUCGGACACACCUUUGGCCGAUAUGUUUAUGAAAUAUUCUCCGCCCAUCAUGAAAAGGAAGACGACAUGCGUUGGUUUGGCCUUGGAUUUAUUAAAAAGAUGGCACGUGUUGGAAAAAGAUUUCCCUGGGAUUGGCCUAGCUACCUCCAUCGUAUCUUGUGAGGAGUCAGUCCAAGAUGUAAGGGAGUAUGUCAUGAUGGGAGACGGCCCAUAUUCUAUAGAAUUUGCGGAGAAGGAGCACGUAGUUGUUUGUACACAAGUGAUCAUUGACGGUCGCCCUGGUGUCAUGCUUGCUGAUCCUGGAUACCAUCUAUCAAAACUGAUCACAGUGAUGUAUGAUAAAAUGUAUCCCAAUACAGGUUGGUUCCAUCAUCCCGGAGAUCCAAAUUGCAAUAGGGAUAACGCGUACGGGUACAACUCUUGGAACAGCAACUACGUCGAGUGGCGAGACCGAACCGAUAAAGGAGAAUCGGUCAAAAGCCAGACCUCACUUAUCUACGUAGCGCAGCCCUUCCUUGACGCCAUCAACAUCACUGAAAGGCGGAAUCUGGUUUAUAAUUUAAGGAGUUUGGUAGCGCGUGACGCCGAAGGACAUUUGCUUGCGGGGAUGUGUUUCCGAGUGAUCAAUAAAGUAGAGCGGGCCACCUUCACCUUAUUCGUCAACAACGGUGUGGAAAAAGUGAAAGACAAGUACAGUUUCUAUGAAUUUAGAGAGCCUCAUAAUGUGACCCCUUCUACAUUGGAGAAGAUUGAGCAAUGCAGCGUAAAAAUGCGAUAUAAGAAGAACAAACUGCUGGAUAUCAUCACCAAGAUCGCCAAAAUCUACAUGGACCAGUCAUUCAUAGAUCAGAUGCUGAAAAUAAAUGACGAUAUAAGCCGAUCAACGAACUCGUCUACAGCGGCAGAGUGAACAGAAAUAUGACUAUCGCCUAUUUACUUUUAUGAAUCAGUGGAGUGAAGUUAGUGAAUCACUUUUAGUGCUUACUUUUACUGUUGCAAACAAUAAAUGGCAAUAUAUUAAGUGUCUCUUAGAAAAGGUAAUUGUUAGUUUGUUACGAUGGGUAGAAUUAUAUUAUAAUCUACAGUUGUGUCAAAUGUCCACUCCUUUUAAUUCCUUCGUACGUUUUUUUUUAAAUUACUAAGUUAUUCAUUACUAUCUAUUGGUUAA